AUGGCCGCCCCUGCCGAGCCCGAGCGCUCGCCCGGCUUCAAGAAGCCGCCGGCGCUGCUGCGGCUGAAGCGCAAACGUCCCGGGCGGAGGAGCGACCCCGCCACCGCCGCCGCGGAAGCCGCCGCCGCCCCGGCCCCGCGGGGCUCCGCGGCCGCCCGGCGCCGCAACCCCUUCUCCAGCCUGGAGCGAGCUCCGCGGCGGGCGGCGGCCGCCCCUCGGCCUCGGGCAGCGGCCCCGGCGGGCGGGGAGGCGUCGGCAGCGCCCUUCUGGCAGUUUUUAGAGCCGGCGGGUGAAGAGAAGCCUCCCGGCAGAGCGGAGCCUGCUGAAAGUUCCGACAUCCUCGACCUAAGCCAGAGCCCUCAUUCACCUCUGGCUGUUCCCAAAGCUCCCUCCUUGCCAAGCGAGGAAUUCCCUGCGGACUGGAGCAUUAAAACCCGGGUUCUCUUCAUGUCCUCCCAACCCUUCACCUGGGCAGAGCACCUGAAAGCACAGGAGGAGGCGCAGGGCUUUGCCCAGCACUGCAGAGCUGCAGAAACCACCUUGCCCCGGAGCGUGCAGGAGCCGCGGCUGUGCACGGAGCUGCGCUGUGCCUUCCAGCAGAGCCUGGUCUACUGGCUGCACCCCUCGCUGUCCUGGCUGCCGCUGUUCCCCCGCCUCGGGGCAGACAGGAGGAUGGCAGGAAAGGCCUGUCCUUGGGCACAGGACGAGGCCGUGCAGCAGGUGCUCAUGAGUGACUGGGAACCAACUCCCAGUGAUGAUGAUGAUGAUGGAAGCUUCUCUUGGCUUGAGGAGAUGGGAGUCCAAGACAAGGUGAAGAAACCAGAUACUAUUUCUAUCCAAAUGCGCAAGGAGAAGCACGAGGUGCAGGUGGAUCACAGACCCGAGUCGCUGGUGCUGGUGAGAGGCAGCCACACCUUCACGCUGCUGAACUUCCUGAUCAGCUGCCGCAGCCUGGUGGCGGUGGCGGGGCCGCAGGCGGGGCUGCCCCCGACGCUGCUGUCCCCGGUGGCUUUCCGCGGCGGGACCAUGCAGACGCUCAAGGCUCGCACUGUCAGCGGCCGUGCCCGGGCGCAGGGGGGCUUCGAGGACGUGUUCAGCCUGGAGGUGCUGGGGCCGGUCCUGCCGCACGCCCUGCACGCCCUGACGCUGGUGCUGGGCCCGGCGCAGCGCGGCGCCUUCCGCGCCCUGCUCAGCGCCCACGAGCCCAGCGCCGCCUUCAACGCCCGCCCGGCCCCGGCCCAGGAGGAUGUGCAGCAGGACCUGCCUGCCUGCGGGCUGCAUCCCAAGACUUUGGAUCAGCUGCAGCAGUGUCCGACUCUGGGAAAAUCCUCCAUCCGCUUGCUGGAGAUGAAGGAUUACACCUACACCUGGAAGGCCUAGGGAUGCUGCUGGUCCAUGGAGCAGGACGCUCCCUCCCAGGGCUGCAGGUGCUGGGCUCGGGGCAGGGCAGGAGGGACACCCCACAC